AUGUCUUCAGUGUCAUCGUCGUCGAUGGCAUCCGACAAUAGUUGCUAUCUUUUGCCGAGUUCUAGGUACGAAGGGCCUCCGUACUGUAUUAGAGAACCUAGCCCCAAGAGAUACGAAGAAGUAGAGCCCCCUUAUGGACUCAGUACUCGAUCUUUCGGUGAAUAUAACCAUGAGAAACCUCCGAAGCUCGAGGCCACUUAUGGAGGCAGUGUCCCGUUUCGCAACGAGUAUCAAAUUGAUAGACAAGAGAAGCCCUCACCCACCCAUGGAAAUGGUACUCGCUUUUACGCAAACAUCAAGCACAAGGUACGAGAGGAAAUCAAACCGGUUUACGCAAGUGGUAUUCGACCCCUCGAGGAACGUAUAUCUGAGAGGCUCGAGGGAAUUGUGGAGUUGGCCUCCAAAGUAUACGGCAUUGCAAAAGUGGUUCUGGAAGUCAUGAUGGCCUUUGGUGCAGUUAUCGACGCCACUCCGACCGGAAUCAAGUUCUAUAUCGAGCGACUUGAGAACCAAAUGACCCAGAAAACUUGCUCAAAGCUCCUCGCUGCCGUAGAAGAUCUCUUCUACGCAACACAUGCAACACUGAAUAUCGAAAUCAGAAACCUUGAGCUUUGCGAAAGCUUUCACUUUGACAUCCGCAACUUAGCUCCGAACAAUAAGUUCAACUCUAAAGAAUGCUUGCCAGAACCGAGUCAUUUGAGAUUGGUCUUCCAGACAUGCAAAGAAUAUUUGACUUCUGAUUGUGUGCGUAAAUUCCUUGACCAAGAGCUUAUUCGCCAGAAGCAAGGGGAGUACGUCAAUCAGACCAUGAGAAUGAGCAUGGCAGCAGGUUACAACCCCGAAAAUGAGCUGGUUUUCCGCCAGCAUAUUCAAAAGUUGGUUACCGAGCCAGAAUCACCAUAUUGUCGCCGAUGGACGGGACUCAACCCAAUUCAUGAAGCCAGUCCAGGGAUGGUCCUUGGAACUUUGAAGGAAAAGUAUCUUGGCAUUCUUGCCAGGGAAGCAAAGCAGGAAAAAAAGAAAUCAAGAAGACAAUCAGAACGCCACAGCACCGAUUCAACCCAUGAAGAAUUGAGACACGUUACAGCGAACCGUGAAGCAUCCUAUGCCAUGCUCCACGGCAUGUCGGUGGGCGAGCAUCGAAGACAGGAAGAAUCCAUGUCACUUAGUGCGUACGUCAAGGAAAACCUAUGCAUUUGCUUCGGAUACUGCGACUGUUCCCGCAAGUGCACCCUCAAGGGAAGCCGAAAGUGUCCAUGUAGUUCAAGGUUGAGCGUCAUCUGCGAUAGUCACGAAGCAGACGAGAAAGAAUGCUUUGCCGAAAAGUGCGCGGAUAUUGCAGCAAAUGUAUUUGAUCGUCUAUCUGCGGUUAAACGUGGUGUGCAUAUUUUUCAGAUGAUGGCGGAAUUGGAUAUGCGCCUGGAUCGUUUCCAUGAAGCAGUCGUCGACUAUCGGCAACAAUGCGAGAGAGCAUCGGGCGGUUUGACGCGACGUUCAGAUUUUUAA